AUGAAUCAGCUACCAGAUCAAGCACCCACAUCCGACCAGCGUUCGUUACCAUACGAGAUCGUAUCUCAAAUUGUCGAGACGUAUGCCUCCGAAUUGUUAAGCUACCGUUGGGCCGAUCGCGAUACUUCUUCAGAAAUGUACCUCCACCCGCGAUCAAUCACUGAACUGCUCAAACUUCGAUUAGUUUCAAAAACAUGGUCAAAGAUGAUUACACCAAUUGCCUUUGAUUCUCUACAUAUUCACAAUUCAAAGAUGGCUCAAGUUAUUAUCGAAGAAUGGUCAACUUUGAGCUACUCUCAUGAUCAACCAUGCCCGGUGAGGCGUCUUAUCAUUGAAAACAUAUAUUAUUUGGAACCUGAGGAUGAAAAGAAAAUAAAGAAAGAAGGUCUGAAAAAAUCUCCGGUCUGUAUGGAACAAGCGGCAGAACUGAUCAAUGUGAUCGGGAAAAAUGUGAAGGAAUUGUCAUUGAUGUUUAGCGCUUCUUUCGGUAUUUCUCCGAGUUUAGUCAAAGCUAUGAAGGGGAUGAAACGUCUAAAAAAGUUUAAUGUCUUGGAUGGACAAAUAUGUAGUGGACACCGAGGGGCUCAUAAUCCAGAUUCUUUCGCUGAACUCCUCGUCGCCAUCCCUAACCUCAAAAAUUUGUCUAUUGAAUGGACCGUCUUGAAGAGAUUGGAAUUACAACCACCUGCUCUAUCAAAUUUACAAUAUUUCAACUUUAGAUAUCGUGAGGUUAACUUCGAUGCGAUCGCUAAUAUCAUAGAGGCAGCAAAAAAUACUUUGAAAGUUAUUGAAUACACCUCUCAUCUUGAAGAAGUUGAAGAAGCACAACGAAUAUUUGGCCCUGUCCAAAACACACUCGAAGGUCUUGUUACAUUCUUAGUGAACAAGGAUAUUCCAGAAGAUGCCAUCAAUAUGAAAUUUCCAAAACUACGUUUGUUAAGAACUCGGAAGACUCCGUACUUUGAUGAAGAGGAAAUCCCAGCAUUUUUCUUAACUUGGCCCAUUUACGACCCGGAAAUAGAUGCUGACUUGAUUGAAGAUCUUGAGGAUUACGGGAUUGAAUGCUGGACCAUACCUGAUUCUGAAGCAACACCUGAUGAAUUAAUGUUGAUGGACGAAAGUGGAAGAAGUACUUUCAAGACCAAAGAUCUUCAUUGGAAAGCGAUUGACUACAUCAUGUAUGUGUGGGCUUCUCUUGGCGCCCGAAUCGCCUGGUCUACUGAGCUAUCCCAAAUUAUGUCGCCUACAGGCCACAAGCUGGCCCUCACACCAGUUACGAUGGAUUUCCAUUUGUAUUGA